AUGACACUGGAAGGUGCUGGCGGUGAGGGGCUGAAGCGCAGCAGGAAUCUCUGCACCCUUGCCUGCUGUUCACAGAAGUCGCGAUUGCCGUUCUGUAUACCAGAGAAGGGCAGUGUCCCAACCAACCAGAUUGCGUACUCGCACGGGAGGGACUCCUUCAAUGUUGUACUUGUCCCCGUAUUGCACGAGCCUCGAUGGCUAGGGAGUAGAUUCAUGCCAGUUGCUGCCCUCGUUGCCAGGUUUGAUGCUGAAGGUUGCACUAAGCUCUACCUCGAAGAGCUUGUGGCCUCAAAGUCCACGGCGAUGAUGCGGUAA